AAAAAGGCGACGAAGAAGAAGUUAACUCUUUGUGCCUUUGUUAUUAUUUAGUUUUGGGGGUUUUUCCGUUCAAUGUGCGGAAUAUCAGCGAGCAUAAGUAUGUUUACCUUAGUGUUAGGCCGCUGUUAGCUUAGCUUGUAGCGUGUAGGGGGGUUGGUGAGCAUGGAGUCGCUGCAGGUAGCUGAGGAGGAGGUGGUUGAUUCCGGCUCCAAUAAACUCUUUGACAUUUACACUUUUGUGACUAAAGGCUCCUUUCCUCAGACGAUGAAUCCUUUACGGAAGAAGAAUCUCAAGCGAUACGCUCGGAAGUUUAUCACUGAUGAGAGCAAGCUGUACUAUGUGGGAUCAAAGAAUGAAAUCAAGAGGGAGGUCGUGAUAGAGGCUGAGAGGAAGAGGCAGAUCUUUCUCGACUGCCACUUUAAUGAAAUGGGACAUCACCUGGGCCAGAAGAAGACCGUCCAUAGGAUUCAGAGCAAAUACUACUGGCUGGGCAUCAUCAGGGAUGUAGUGGACUGGAUAAAAGUGUGUGAAACGUGUCAACACACAGAGAGAAAUAAAAUCCUAGCAAGGACUGUCCGGCCUAUCAAAGUGGAUGCACCGUGGGAGAUUCUUGGGAUUGAUUUCAUAGGGCCUUUUCCAGUAACCCAACGAGGAAACGCCAGCGCUAUAGUCGUCAUCGAUUACUUUACUAAAUGGCCAGAAGCUUUUCCAGUACAAAAGAUGGAUGUGCUCUCUGUUGCAAGGUGUAUUUCUACAUGCAUAUACAGGUUUGGAGCCCCUAAAACGAUAGUCUGCAUGCAGAAUGCACAUUUCUGUGAUGAGGUCACAAAGCUGCUGUUUGACAAGUGGAGCAUUAUGCAGAAGGUUUCACCUCUGGAACAACCUCAGCUGAACCCCCUCCACGACUGCACCAGUCCUUUGUUAAAGGAAGCCAUUGUGCAGAUGGUUUCAGAGAAACAGACCCAAUGGGACGAUUUCCUCGACCAUGUGCAGUUUGUGUUUAGGAUGUCUUCUAAUCCUACGACCAAGUUCAGCCCUUACUCCCUCAUGUUCAACAGGACCGUUAACUUAACUCAUGAGACCAGAUCAAGCCUGCUGAAUUAUGAGGACCACCAGAAGGAAAAGUCCUCCCCGAAGGACAAGAUCUCAACGCAGGAGCCGAAGAAUUCUGUGAAGCAACUGGUUAUAGCCAAUAUGAAUGCAUCUUACAAACAAGACAAGAAGAGGAACACCAAACGCAGGACACGUACCCCUUCCAUGAACUUUAAAAUCCAAGAUCCUCUCUUUUGUGCAGGAGAUUCACCCUCUCCCAAAAAAUCAAAAGAUAGUUUGUAUUUGUCUUUUCCUGUUGAGACAGUGCUGGCCACUGAGCAGAGCUCCGAACACAUGAAGAAUGAGUUAGUGUUUCACUUAAGAGAGUCUGAAGCCCACUGAGCAGGACGAUGUGGAACGACUGAAGAACCCACAGAGGAGCAUGAUCUGCCUGAUGGCAAUGGCUGGAGAUGGGAACCUGCUUGUUAUUGAAGUUAUAGUUGGAAUAAAUAUUACAAGCAUCAGUUCAACCAUCUGUCAGAAGAAAAGGCAGUCGACAGUGACCCAUAUGAACUGCUGUGUUUUCCUCCUGUUUCUGCAGUGACCCUGGUGGUUAACACCACUUCUUAAGAAAACUGAUGCAAAUUAUUUAAAUGUGUUCAUUAACUUAAAAAAAAAUUUCACGUUUGAAAAGGUGUUAAUAUGCCACCAUUUGCAAUGUCUCAGUGCUAGACCAUCAGACAAAGUGAGGUGGAUUUGUAAGUUAAUGUGUCAGUUUGCUUGCUCCAUUACAUUCCCAAUUUCUAUACCAACAAAUGCAUUUCCCUCUUAAUCCUACAGAAACCUUUUCACCCAAUCAUCUUUAAUCAUUGUUUUGCUUUUCAUAGAGAAACAAACUAAAAUGUACAAUUAUGAGUUUAUUGCAAACUAUUUUAUAACAGUGA